GAAGUUCCCUUUGGAAAACGUUAGUCUGAAGCUCCUCAGCAGAGACUUGAACGUGACCCGCUGGUGUAACGUCUGCAAUGUUCAGGAUGAAGACGACCAAACGGUUUCAUGGAAUUUUACCGCCGAUCGUGUUUCUAACCCGGUUGGAACGCGACCACACGCGGAUCAGAACCAAAGCGUUUUCUUCUACAGAGUAGAAGUUCUCCUGGAACGGCUCUGGUUCUGUCCGUUCCGGACUCGCGCCGCCAUGGGCAGCUCCGCGGCGUCUGAGGAGGACCGUGAGGAGGCGGGUCCGGACCGGAGCGGAUCCACGGAGUCCUCCGGGGGGGGCGACGUCCUCCAGGGGAAGCGGGCCAAGAAGACGGUGGAGAGGCUGGACCUCCAAGCCCCCAAGCAGAAGGAGAAGCUGAAGAUCGGAGACGGUACUGGAGACAAGCUGGGGGACAUUCCUCGCACCGCCCACCAGAUCAGCAGGAUGAAGCCAGCAGACCUGAAGCCGCUCCAUUCCAUCCUGUACGACCGACCCGGGAAGGUGUCCACCAUGAAGAGGAACCUGCGUCUCUUCAACGGGUUCCCCUUCCAGGCGGACAGCGAGCAGUUCCACCGGAAACGGGACAAGCUGCUGAAGAGCUCCAACCUGAGCAACAGCAAGCUGAAGGUGGUCUGCACCGUGCUGGACCUGGAGAAGAAGGGCACCCACGCCGACCUCAUCCACAGGAUCCUCAGCUUCCUGCUGGCGCCCAAGAACAGCGGCAAGCGCCUUCCUGUGAAGAAGAGGAGGAGGUCCAAGAAGAAGCUGACCAGUGAGGACUCCAAGAAGAAGAGCAGGCCCAGAGAGCGCAGCUCCUGCAGCCCCAAGAAGUCCAGAACAGGAAGCAAGUCCAAAGCCAUCGUCAUGGACUCCAGCAGCGACGACGAAGACGAGGACGAAGACGAGAAGACGGGAGCUUCGGCUACGGCGGCAGAGUCUGACGGAGAGAAACCUGCUGAUGAAGAGGAGCAGCCCUCAGAGAGAUCAGACAAUGAAGAGCAGUCUUCCAGGUCGGACUCGGACCGAACCAAGAAGAAGACGGCCAAGUCCCAGGAGACGCCAACAAAGAAGAGGAGGGUGAAGAAGAGGAGCUCAGAGGAGCUGGAGCAGCCCAGAAAGAAGAGAGCCGCUCCGCCACCGUCUGCAGCCAAAAUCCAGAACGCCUCAGACACAGACUCUGAAGACGACCUGCCGCUCAUCAAGAUGGUGAAGACGAGUCUGAGCGACGCGGAGCUGAAAGAGACGCUGCAGACGCUGCUGAGAGACGCCGACCUGGAGGAGAUGACCAUGAAGAAGAUCUGCCAGAAGGUUUUUGACAUGUUUCCAGAACACGACCUGAGCAGCAGGAAAGACUUCAUCAAACAGACCGUUAAGGAUAUCAUCACAUGAAGAUGCAGAAGACCCCCCCUCCCUCCCCCGCUGGUCUUACUUUAGUGCUUUUUUUACCUGAAUGAUUCUGAGUGUUUGAAUGUUCUCCUGUUCCUUUAAUAAAGUUUUACAGUUUUGAAGAAAAC